CCAAACUUUCAGUUAUCGCUAUUAAAGAAGAGUUGAAACAAUUCAAUAAUUAAUUGAUUCAAAGCAAUCAUUUAGUCACAAAUUCCAUCUGUUUACCUUUAAACCAGUGUACACUUGAAGUGUUUAUUAAUUUCAUAAAGGUUUAAUUAUUUUUGGAACUCGUUACGCAGUCAUAACGAAAAAUGUCAAACAUGAAUAAAGGAAAUGCAUGCGAGCGAAUUGAUGCGGAUGUGUCCCCCAGCACAAGUCAAGGUUGCACUGGCACUUUACUGAAACAUAAGGAAAUUGCACACACUACGAGUGCGGAAACUGAGGAUGUAAUGGAUAUAUUGCCCAAUGAAAUAUGGCUGAAAAUUUUUAGGAAAAUGUCACAUCGCAACCUAUUACACGUCAGCGUAGUCUGCAGACACUGGUGUCAAUUGGCUCACGUUGUACUAAAGCGCAAAUCGCAAUUGAUCAUUACCAGCGAAAAUUUAAAGGCUAUUUGCGAGCUUUUGAAGCGUCGCGAUUUGAAAUACGGUAAUGUAGAGAUACGUGGUUGGAUGACUGACAAAUCGCUCGAACUCAAUAACAUAACGCCAGCGACUCUUUUAAAAACCUUUCAAUAUUUAGGAUCUGAUAUUGUACGACUAACACUUUAUCAGCCAUCAAUCCUUUCCCUGCUUAAUAAUCUUUUGCCGAAACUCAGCGAUUUGGAUCUCUACGAUAUGUGCUUCGAAGAAAGAGUGUCGGUUGACUUUAGCAAAUUUUCGAACCUUAAAUCGUUAUCGGCGCCCAGUAACAAACUUGCAACGACUCAAUUAUUAUCGAAUUUGACGCAAACACCCACAUCCACAACCAUUUAUUUACAAAAAUUAAGCAUAAAUAUUAGCGAUUCGUUUGCCGACGGCUUAAAAGUAAUAGCAAUGUGUGCAUCCUCAUUACGUUGGCUCACAGUUGGUUCCUGUGGGCCUUUGAGAUUAGAGUCUCAAUUUAACGAAAUCUUUAAAAAACUUACUCAGCUGAAGGUACUAGAUUUAAGCGGUAUUUGCUGCGCGACACUCGAAGCACUGAACGCCACAAGGGCUAUCUUAGAGAAUCUUUCAAAGGACAACCCGCUUAAAACAAUAAACUUAGGUUCAAUGCCCGUUGAUUACUAUACAUUGGAAUUAAUUAUAAGCAAAUGGUCGCGUUCUUUACAAUGUUUAUACUUACCAUGCUCUGCACUAACAGGGAUCUUUAUCAAACAAUUAAACUUCACGAGGAGUAAAUUACGUCGUCUGGUUUUGCGUGGAUUCUUCUUCCCUGACAUCCUAAACGGUAUAGCUCCGAAAACCAAUAAAACGCUAACAGAAUUGAAGUUAUUUGACUGCCGUCUGAGCGGAGAAUCAUUCUGCGUGCUAAUUCGGCGUCUACCUAAUUUGAAGAUAUUGGAUUUGAGGGGACUUAACACAAAAAUAACCGACAAGGAAUUGUUUUACAUCUUUGAGCAUCUCAUACAUUUACGUCGCCUUUUCUUGGAUCCAUGUGCCAGCAAAAAUAGCAUAACAGGCUUAAAGCCUAACAUAAGUAAUUUGAAAAGACUUGAAAUACUUGAAUCAUGCUUGUGUCCGAUUAAAGUUCUCCAGCUCUUAGAUAUAGAAAUUAAAUUUAAAGGGCUGACGACACUGGACCUAAAGUGUUGUAAAAGGGCUGAGAAGCUCUCCGUUUCAACCAUUUUAGACAUAAGCGUAUACUUUCCUGUUCUUGAAACUCUGUUAUUUCAAGAUUUGAGUUACGGCAGUAGUGUUCAAGAACUGCGUAGGAGAUUUCCACGUCUGAUUUUAUUAGACUACGACAUGUUUUUUAAAAUUGAAAGCUUUAGAAAGCAAAUAAAACUAAGCAAAAUGAACAGGAGUAUGUAA